CGUCAUCAUCACAGCUUCGAGACUUGCUAGUUUGGUUUUCGGUUCCCAUUUUUUUGGCGUGACUUUGCGUUUGCGUCACAUGCAUCUGGUGCUAUUUUGUCUGCGUUUUGCGAGAAUUUAGUCUGAUACUUAAAGUCGCUGCCAUCCUUCCUUUCUACUCCGAGAAAGAGCUAAAAUCGACAUCUUGUGAAUUACCACCAUCGCCACAUUUCACCACUUUCCACCUAAAGGACCGCGCUUUUCGCAUUUUCCAUCUUCCUCUUCAAUUGAUCAAUCAAACCGUCAACAUGUCCUACGCCGACGUUGCUGCACAGGGUGCCAGGCAGAGCCCUGAAGAGGCCGCUGCCCCUCAAAUGCCCGAAAUCAUCCCCAACGAGUCCGCCUCCACCGCGUCCCUCAUCGACGUCGACCUGCCCAGCGUGCACACCGUCCACUCAGACUUCCUCGAGCAGGACAUCAAGACCGAGACGCAGGCCGAGCGCAUCCGCCGCGAGGAGGAAGCCGCGCGCGCCAACGAGGCCUCCAAGCGCAAGGCCGCCAGCAAGGCCAAGAGGGCCGACUCGUGGAUCACGCGCAAGUUCGCGCAGCUCUCCGACGGCAGCGUCACGGCCAUUGCCAUUGCCAACGUCGCGGGCGUCGUGGGAGUUAGCGGCUUCCUGGGCUACCGCGCCUGGGGGCUGUAUGAGAGGAGCAGGCUGGACCUGAAGCACAUUGGCGUUGGCGUCGGCGUGCUGGCUGCUGUUGGAGCCGUGGAGGCGUUGCUGGGUCGCUACCUGUACAGGGGCAGGAAAGACUAAUUCUUUCUUGUGCUAUGAGGAAAUGAAGAAAUAUGGCGGGCGAAUUGCUUUUUGUUUUCUUCCAUUUAAUCACGGUUGUACACCAUUUCACCCAUUUCUUUUUUCUUUUGUCGAGGACUUGGCGUCUGGGUUAAGGGAGAGCUUGGCAGUUGAUUCUAUCUCGACUCUGCAUUGUGGCCACGAUUGUUAUUACGGCCGUUAAAUAUACAAAACAAUGAACAUAUAUCCAUAUAUUGAUUACCCUUUUGGCUUACGCUGGUA